GCUUCUUUCCUGUCUCGUCACCAUGGUAUUGUGAGGUGAUUGUCUGCGAUAUUACUCAAUGAUGAAAUCCAUUUUGGGUUCCACAAUAGCCGCUCAGCUCAUGAUCUCAUUAUAGCAUAGCUGAGAAACAUUGGACAAAAGAGCUGAAUUCCACAGUUGAGAUUCUCCUAGGGUUAUGCCUCUACUCUUCCCUGACCUUUCUUCAAGUCACAGAAAUAUUUGAAACGUGAACCAAUUCAAUCAUGGAUUCAGUUUCUAGGAUUUCUUUCAAUGGAAUGGCGGAAAGAAGGCUAGUCUUUAUACGGUCUGAGAACCACGGCGAGCAGGUUUUGAAUACACUUCAGAACUUCCGGGAGCAAAACAUGUUCUUUGACUUCACUAUAUUUGUCAAAGAAGAAAAGUUUCAAUGUCAUAGGUGCAUUCUUGCUGCAUGCAGUGAUUUCUUCAGAGCCAUGUUUGAGGUUCACAUGAGGGAAAGGGAUGAUGGAAGUGUAAAAAUCACUAAUUUAUCUCCGGAAGCUGUGAAGGCAUUUCUGGAUUUUGCUUACAAAGGAUAUGCACGGAUAUGUGAGACCAAUGUUGAAAUGUAUUUUCAGAUGUCUUCAUUUCUUCAAGUAUCUCUGUUAGCUAAAGGCUGCGGUGAUUAUCUCAUCAAAAAAAUCGAUGUCAAAAACUGUUUCCAAAUUUUGUCUCUGUCUGAGAGUUAUGGUUCGACCAAUUUGUACAAUCAUGCUUUGCAAUUUUUAGUGAAGCACUUCUUUCUUCUGUCAAAGUCAAAUGAUUUCUUAGAAAUUAAUGUUGGAGUGCUAGAAAAAUGCCUUGAAGCAGAUGCCUUGAACGUCCCUGAUGAGGACACUGUUCUGAAUGCUGUACUUCAAUGGACUCAAUAUGAAGUGGAGACAAGAGAAAAACAUUUACCUUGCCUGAUUAAUCUUGUGAAAUUGCAUCAGCUAUCCAAAGAAACUCUGGAGAACUUAAUGAGAUCUGAAGGUUUGCUAGCAAAUAAUCCUGAAUGUAUGGAAUCAAUUUGUAAUGUUUUUGAUAAAUUUGAAGAGCACAAUGGGCUUUUAACUGAUGCAAGACCAUCCACAAUAGAAAGCUACAUAUUUGUUCAUAAAACAGAAGAAAAUAGUACAAUAAAGCAUACCUUUUGCUAUAACAUUAAAACUGAUACCUGGAAAGAGUUGCCUGCUGCAAAUAUUAUUGAUUUUCCAGGGUCAAGUUUGGUUGUUUAUGGAGAAAAAAUAUUUAUUACUGGAGGAUGUCAGAUUAGUUGCAGUAAAUCUAUACGAUUGCACAUUGCAGAACGAUGUCAUGAUGCGACUGACCAGACAUGGUGUUACUGUCCAAGAACAAACAAUUUCACUUCAGUUUCAUCAAUGAAGAACUCUCGGACCAUGCAUUCAUCAGUUGUCGCAAUGAAGCAACUUUUUGUAAUAGGUGGGAAAACCAGAGGAGCACAAGAAAUGCGAAGUCUUUUAAAUGUUGAAUCCUACAACCCUCUUACCAAAGAAUGGAGAUCAGCGAGCCACUUGCCAAGAGGAAUUUACUAUCCAGAAGCAAGUGCCUGCAACGACGUUAUCUAUGUCCUUGGAUCGGAGGUAGAAAUAGCUGAUGUCUUCAAUCCAUCAUUAGAUUGUUUCUUCAAAUACAAUGUGUCCUCUGAUCAGUGGUCAGAACUUGUUGCAGAAUUUGGCCAGUUUUUUCAUGCUACUCUUGUGAAAGCUGUCUCAGUGAAUUCCACAUUGUACAUUUGUGACCUUUCUACUUACAAAGUCUACAGUUUUUGUCCAGAAACUUGUGUUUGGAAAGGUGAGGGCUCAUUUGAGUGUGCCGGCUUUAAUGCAGGGGCUGUUGGGAUUUCAGACAAAAUUUAUAUUUUAGGUGGAGAUUAUGCUCCUGAUGAAAUCACAGAUGAGGUACAGGUGUACCAUAGUCGCAGAUCGAUAUGGGAGGAAGUAUCCCCAAUGCCCAAGGCUUUGACAGAGUUUCACUGUCAAGUGAUUCAAUUUAGCAGAAAUAGGGAUCCCUGGAAAAAUUAAUUGUAAUGUCUGUUUUUGAUUGGUGAUAAUUGGCUCUUUAUUUAGUUCCAAUUAUUUAUAUUUGAUUUUAAUUUAAUUAGUUAUUUAUUUUCUCCCUAAAAUCGUGUCACCUCACUUCCCGAGAGAUGGGAACGUGGAAAGAAUGUUAAAAAGCAAUUCGACAGUACUGACCAAAACCAAAUCCUUUGUCUUUGGUAUAAAACAGAGUUAACAUAAUUUUCUGAAAAGGACAAAUGUUUGACAAAUGUAUUAGAUUUCCCUGAACAUGUUGGAACAAGGGAACUAGUAAAGGUAGUGAUUUUGAAUUUCCAAAAGGCAUUUGAUAAGAUACCACUUAAAUGUUUAGCUCCAACGUUAAGAACUUGUGGAGUUGGAAGUUGUAUAAUAGCAUGGAUAAAAAAAAAUGGCUGUCUAAUAGGAAACAGAGACUGAAUAAAUGUCAUUUCCAGUUGGCAAACUCUAAUUAGUAGAGUGUCACAGGCCUCAACUAUCCAGUCUGUAAUGAUUUGGACGAAGGGACCAACUCCAUUUUAGCCAGAUUUGCUCAAGAAACAAAUACAAGUGGGAAAGAAAGUUGUGAGGAGGAUAUAGUGCAUCUGCAAAGAGAAACAAUUACGUUAAAAUGAGUGGACAAACCCUUGACCGGUGGUGCUCACUGUGUCAAGAAGGAUAGGUAAGCAGAAUAUUAUUUGAAUGCAGAGAGAAAACAGAGUGCUGUGAUACAGAGGGAUCUGGGUCUCCUUCUUUAUGAAUAACAAUGCAAACAUACAGGUUCAGAAAGGAAAUCAAAUGGAAAGUUGUCUUGUGUUGCAAGGAGGAUGAAGUAUAAAUGUAGAAACAUCUUUUUACAGCUUUACAGGGCAUUGAUGAAACUAAAACUAUAUUGUUUUUGUUUCCUUAUUUAAGGAGGCAUAUAUCUAGGAUUCCAAAAUCCAACUUAAUUUUUACUGUAACACUCAGGGUCUGACUAAGUAUGAGACCAUGUCAGAUACAAUUGUCUUUAGAUAAGAUUUACAAAUUUAUUAAGUUAUCAAAACAAGUAACAGAAAUGACACUCAACCAGACAAUGGACUCAGCCAUUGCACAAUGAAUACCAACCCUGUCAGGUGGCUGGAGUAUGUCUCCUCUUUCUUCUACUUUCUUAUUUUUGCAUACACAGCUAUUGAAAAGUCAGCCUUAUUGAUCCCUUCCAAAUCACAAUCCAUAUCAGAAAUGACUCUGAACUCCAAUAUUGCAUAAUUAGAUACAUAAUUGAUUAGGUGAUAUGUGCAUAAUGCAUGAAAAGUUCAUGGCCAAUCUUUGAUUUCCAAUUGGUUUCGUUAAAAAUUGUGGUCAUUUUAGUUGUAUCACUUCCUAGAACCUGAAGAUUUAAUUCUUUCACAUGUCAAUCAAUUUAUAAGAUCAACGCUUUAUUAACAGCUUGUUCCUCUUCGUUUACCCUUUCAGCAAUUUCUACAGGAUAAGAUUAUAUCUGUAAAUCAAAUUUGUGUGUCUGCUAAGUGCAUGGAGUACCAUCUUACGUGAUUAACUACUAUCCCAAAUAUUCCAAAUGGUAACAUAAAAAUUCUCCAAAAUCUACUGAUUGAUCUUUUAAGGUCUUAUUCAGUGGUGGAGUCAUCCUAAUCAGCAGACCUUCACCUAUCAUUUCAUGUGGUUUGUAGCUCACCACUGAGAUAAUAAUACAUUUUAUGGUACAUUCCUUGUCCAGUUGUUUAUAAUAGAGGGUUAUAUGCUAUAAUGUCCUCAUGAAUGAUAUCACACAUUUAUUGUCUCAGAUCUUGCUUAACUGAUAUAAAUCACUCAUAAAUUCAAGCACCUGUCAAAGAUUUUGUUUUAGAGGCCAUUUGCUUAAUAUGUUUUUUUCUCCCCAGUUAUGUAUAUUUGUAACAAAUUAUUUUAAAAUAAGGAACAUUGUAGAAAAGUUGCUUAUAACUAUUUAAUAUAAACUUACAUAAAAUUAUUAAGUACUAAUACAUAAGGUCAUAAAGUAGGUAACACUUAAGUUAUGUAAAGUGUGUAUAAAACAUAAAUGCACGAUAAACAUUGAAUAAAUACUAAGACAGUGAAAUAUUUUCAUACAUUAAAUCAAUAUAUAACUUCCAUAACAGAACAAUUAUGCUGCUCACAAAACUAAUCAUGCAUUUUUACAAAAGUUAACUCUAAAUAUGUUUAGCAAAAUAUGCAACACUUUUUUCUACUUCAAACACUACAAAUUAAAAACCUAGAUCACAGCUGUUAUCUCUUUCCUCUGCUGAUCGUGCAAGAUUCUUACUAACAACUUGAAUCUAAAAGAAUGUCAUUUGCUCAUUAAAUCAUUGCAGAGUUUGUCAGUUUAUUCUCGGUAAAACCUGUGAUGUGACACUAAACAGUCACAUUAUUAAAACCCUACAUUGGUUAUAAUUAAAUCAAGAUAACAUAUUGUCAGGUUCAUUGGUUAAUAUAUUCUGAACAAACUAAUUAUGAAACAUGAAUUUCCCUACUUAUUUCUGAAUUAGAGGCAGUUCAGAAAAGCUUUGUUAGAUUGAUCCCUAAGUUGAAGGGAUGACCUAUUGAGGUUUGAUUGAGCAAGUUGGUCCUGCUCUCACACCCAUUUGAGUUUAGAAUUGUGAAUGAUGGUCGUCUUAAAACAUGAGGGUGCUUGAUUGCAUAGAUAUUAGGAGUAUAUUUGGAAAUGAGGGCAUCGUUUCAAAAGAAGGGUCUCCUAUUUAAGAGAAAUUAGGAGGAAUUUCUUCUUUCAGAUUGUUGUUAAUCCUUGUUCUUAGUAGAGAAUUCCAAUGGAAAUGGGGGUCAUUGAAUGUUUUCAUGGCUGAGUUAGACAAAUUUUGAUCUGCAAGGGAGUUGAUGGUUAUUUGAAAAAGGUAGAAAAGUGGAGUUGAGAUUAUUAUCUUGUUGAUUGACUCAAGGACCAAAUGGUCUACUCCAUUAGCAUUCAAGGCUGGUAGUGGAUAUUUGGCCUGUGGAGCACUACCAAUAGAGACAUUGAUUACAAAAGCUGAUGAACAUAAUGAUUGGUCAAGUCGGUUGAUUCGAGCAGAAAGUUGGGCCAAUUGUGAUGGUAAUGUCCCACUUAUGUGUAAUCAGUGGUUUAACAAUAUAUUAGCAGCUAUCACAUCUAUACUAAAUUUAAAAAAAAGAGAAGAAAAAAAAACAGGAGCGCCCCUCCCCUUCACUGUUUUGAUCACACAGCACU